AGAGACAGAGAGAGAGAGAGAGAGAGAGAGACGCCCCGAGAGGUCCGGGACGCGCCGGGGAGGGGGAUCCGACAUCCCAACAACUUGAGCAACAGAAAGCAACUUUUUCCUCAACUCCCCAAGUUUUGUGCGGACAACCUGGAGUGGGAAGAGCUCCGAGACAAAGUUGCCCCGAGGACACUUUGGGUUGGUUCAGAGACGACAACACAAAGACGGUCGCCUCGCAGACCGCCGCGGCGUUUGUUUUGGGCACCCCUGGCUCUACUCCAAGGUAUACAAAUGCUCUCCGUCCAGCCGGACACCAAGCCAAAAGGCUGUGCCGGCUGCAACCGGAAGAUCAAGGACCGCUACCUGCUGAAGGCCCUCGACAAGUACUGGCACGAGGACUGCCUCAAGUGUGCCUGCUGCGACUGCAGGCUGGGCGAGGUGGGCUCCACGCUCUACACCAAAGCCAACCUCAUCCUGUGCCGGAGAGACUACCUGCGGUUGUUCGGCGUAACGGGGAACUGCGCAGCCUGCAGCAAGCUCAUCCCCGCCUUCGAGAUGGUCAUGAGGGCCAAGGAGAACGUCUACCACUUGGACUGCUUCGCAUGCCAGCUCUGCAAUCAGAGGUUUUGUGUGGGAGACAAGUUUUUCCUGAAGAACAACAUGAUCCUGUGCCAGACGGACUACGAGGAAGGGCUGAUGAAGGAGGGCUACGCUCCCCAAGUCCGCUGACCCUCGUAGGCCGACGCGGAGGAGGAAGAGGAGGAGGAGGAAGAGGAGGAGGAGGAGUGGGAGAAAGCGAGAGACUGAAAGGAGAGCUUGCAAUCACACAACAAAAAGCACUAUAGCCUCCUGUCCAUCUCCUGUCCCCCGCAUGUACAUAACUAAGCAAGCCUCCCUGGGAGGGGACACAUUCUGCUGUACAAAAUAGCCAUAGAGACGCCGGUGUGGCCGGGAACGGCCCUGGAAACAUACAACAAACUACAAAGACGAAAAAAAUUUACAGUUUUCUCCAUUUCUUUGUCUGUGACUGACGGACGCUGCCUCUUCCCUUCUCACCAACAAACACUGGCCUCAGAGCGAUUUCUAACCGACAGGUGUUCCCAGUUGUUGGGGGGACAAAAACUAAGUUAACCCACCCAAAACCAGACUUGUCUCAUUUUACCUGACAAGGACGGACAGUGUCCCGCCUGACUGCAGAGUCCAACAACUUCUACUUGAAUCUAAAACACACUGAGGUAUUGUCAAUCAAUGUAAUUUUGCGAUAAAGACCUUUUUACUGUAUUGAUAUCAGAUUAAAAAACACAGUGAAUGUAAACUGAGGAGCGGCAAAAAUAACGCCUUUGGAUGACUGAUUUGUUGCUAUGCGUGUGUGUGUGUGUGUGUGUGUGUGUGUGUGUGUGUGUGUGAGCUUGUGGCUCCCUCUUCAGGUGCAGUCUCACUAGGGUUGGUCUGGUCCAUAUGGUCCUUUCAGAACUUAAAGAUUCCAAAAGGGGAAUCGACAAGUUACCAAUUUGUUCAAGCUUGUUUGGCUAACAGGCGAACAUUCAGCCUUCUGAAGUAAUCAGUUCUUCUUCUCUGGAUGGAUGAAAUCUAAUUACCAUGUCAGUCCAACACCAUCGAGGUAUUUUACUGGUGGCCCACGACAGCUAGUGUCCCAUAGGUGUGCUUUUAUGGUGGCACCACCCCAGAGUUGACAAGUAAACGUACUAAUUGAACAAUUCAAAUGUGUGAAGCGUCUCUGGUAGAGGUGAAUCAUUAUACAACCUUGAGCUCCGAGCUUUUUAGCCUUCCGCCUGCCCAGCAACAAACACAAAGUCACAAGUCGGCAGAAGCUAGCUGGUGACGAAAGUGCAGCAGAUAUUUUCUUUUAUAGGGGUUGCCUGGUGCAGACCAAACCAGAGCUAAAAUUAGAAUGACUAUUAACAGUUCACCAGUUGGAGAUGAAACCAAACCCCAAUGCUCUUUGUCUGCUUGAUGUGUAAAUAUGAAGCUGUUUGCCAGCAUGUUGAUAGUACAGUACGUCAGAUGUUUUGUUUUCAGCUUGACCUGUGGCCCCCCCAAAAAAGAAUAAAUUAAAGCAGCUUUAACCAUUAUGGACCAGACUGAAUGCCUGUAGACAAACACCUGGCUGUGUGAGACUAUCUUUCAUGGGGUGACGAGUGUCAGUUCCAUUGCUAAAAUGCAUUCCGUCAGAGCUACGUUCAGCGGUGUUCGGGCAGCCUGGGUUGGGACUGUGACUCCGGGCUCCGUUCUCGCGGCGAGAGGCUGUGUAUUUUUUUGCCUGAAACAGUCUUUCUAUUUAUUAAAAACCUUGCUUUCACACUUGUCAAACUGAAAUAAAGGGGGGAAUUCUCACGGAGGCAGGUUGUUGUAGCGGUUGUAGGGGGUGUAAGGGGUCGGUCUGGGAUGGUGGGCGGGUUGGUUACUUUUUUGUACACUAUUUAUUUGAUAAACGUUCAAUGCUUCACCAGUUGUCCGAGAUUUAGCGUUGUUUUACUUGCUGGUACUUGAAUCCAGUUGACGUUUUUCUGAAUCGCUGGCUUACGUUGAGGAUGGCUCCGUGCGCCCUCGAAGCAUUGCUUUGGGUUGAGUUAACUGCGCUCUCCCAACAGGUCAGUCUCCCUAGGAUGCGGCCAUCUUGGUCGCGAUGGCUUCCUGUUGCAGAGGAGUGACAUCCUUUUUCAAACAAAAAAACCCCAUCAAUGUUUCUACAUUAAAUAUCAGCGCCUGAGCGCGUGCAACAGCGCCCAGCACCAUUUCUUAGCUGGAAAAGAAAAGGUCCUUCUAUAAUUUGUAAAUUAUGGGUGUACAUAAAAGAAAUAUUCAUUUUUGCUUGCUAUUGUACAAUGAUUUCUUUUUAUGUGUCAUCCAGCAUGAGAUGUUUAUUUUUAGGACAACGCUUGUAAAUACUGUAAUUGUAAUAAUUUUAAGCACAAAUGUAAUACAGUUUUAUUGUGUUA